AUGUGCCGGAGAGACGGGCCCGGGCGAGAAGGGUGUAUCAAGGCACCAAGGACCUCCUCCUCAGUCUCCGGGGCCGGGUCCUGGUGCCUGAGGUUAAGGCAUCAACGGUCCGCCCUCGGCCGCUUCAAUACCUCCCAAGUCCGUCCACGUUGUCUCCGUGUUGCUGGAAGACUGUUCGUCCAAGGUUUCUCUCGAAUGUCUCACCAGACUACCGGGACCAACAAGGCUGUCUAUGGGGACACCGGCCCACUGGCAACGAGUGGGAGGAAGCCGAGAAGCCAACAACAACCAAGACAGAGUCGCUCGUGGGUGGGUAAAGAAGCGGAUUGGCCCCCAAACCAAGCUCAUGGAACUGGCAAGACUGGGACAUAA